AUGGCUCCUCCCAAACGCAAGCUCCUCGCAACAGCAGAAGAAGGCCUCUACCCACCCGCAACACUGCCCGAGGGGCACCAACUCGCUCGAAUCAUCAAAGCAACAGGAAACAACCUGUACUCGAUCGAAUGGCCUUCCAAACAAACCGCCCUGGUCGAGCUUCCCGCCCGAUUCAGAUCUACCAUUUGGAUGAAGAGGGGUUCCUUCGUUGUCGUCGAUACGAAUGCGCUUGAUGAUCGCGAAAAUAAGCUUGCGGGGGAGAUUGUGAAUGUCGUGCGGGGUGAGAAGGCAUGGCGCAAAGCUGCUUUCUGGCCAAAAGAGUUUGUCAAGCAGUCGUAUCUGCCCUCGGACUCGGAGGAUGAAGAAGAAUCGCGAGUCGGCAAGAUGCCUUCAUCUGACGAGGAAGACGACGAAUAA